GAGCUCACAGGCUCGGCUCCGCCUGACGUGGCGAGCCACUAAAGGUCCGCCGGUUCCUUCGUGGGCUGCGACGAUUGGGCAGAUUACCUGUUUGGCAUUUUUUUAGUAAAAAUGCGCAAACAGACUCCCUCAGACGCAAUGUUUGGCAGAUAGUUGAACAUAAGACUUUUGGAUAUUAAGACGAGGUGACAGCGGCGCAACAUUCAUGCCUCAGCUCACGUCUACCGCUGUGCUGCAGCUCGUGUUGCUGCUCUCCGCUGUGCCCGCGCAGUACUUCAUCUCCCGGUGGAGCGGCAACUCUGCGGCGCAACGCUACCACGCGACCACACGGUUCCUAAGAAUGUGUAGAGACUGGAGAGCAUCUUUCUUCAAUGGUACAGCAUGGAUGGAGUGGGCAAACCAGCAAAUAUCCAAAGUCACGUCUUUGGUUGGUUUUGGGCAGGAAGAAGAAUUGGCUCCGCAGUCGUUUGCCAUAGAGAGCAUGAUAUAUGACAAUGACCAGGGAUUCUUUGGAGCCUCCAAGGAAGUGCGCAGCCCCAGGCCCCCGUACGUGUUUCUGCGGGUCGGAGAGGUGGUGUUGGAAAGGAAAGGCCAUAUGGUCGGUGUGGUGGUGAGCUGGGACCCUGAGAUGCGAGCCCCUCCGGAGUGGGUUGACAGAGUGUAUGCCAGCUCUGAGGGCAACACAGCAGAGAGGACACCUCAUUACAAGGUACUGUUCAGCGGGCCUGGACCCUCCUCUCUGUUAAUUGCAUAUCUACCUCAGACACAACUGGAGCGCAUCACAGGGAUGAGGCCGGACAUUCCCACUUUGGAAAGUUACUUCACACAUUUUGAUGGGAACCGGUUCAUCAUGCAGCCCUGGCUCAAAGAGAUCUACCCUGAGGACGACAUGGAGGACGCUUGACUGCUCGGUCUGAAAGAUCUGUCCAAAAGACAAAUUCAUCUUCUUUCUGUGGUGUUGUUGAACUUGGUCUCGAGGUCUUUUUUUGUCUGUGGAGUCUACUGGAAUCUAUCAAUCAUGGGUUGUAAUGAGUGGAUGCAAAAUGCCAAUGUUUUCUUUAGAAAUACUGAAUUUACUGACAAAGAAAGGUCAAGCUUUGAAGAGACUGAGGAUAAUUGUUUAAUCCCUCCUUGCUGGAUCUCAAUGUGAGGGUGUCGUUUGGGAAUAUCUCUCAUAGCUCUAAGAAUGUAUUGAGCAGUUGUUCAACCUUUUAUUUCUUUGAGAUGUACAAAUAUACAGUAUUUU